AUGCGUUAUCUCGCCUUGGCUUCCGUUUCAGCACUCCUUGGGCUUGUUGCUUCAACUUCUUACAUGCCGGAGGUUGUUCAGGAUGGUGGGCCGACUCUCCAGUAUCUGUGGGGACAAGCUUCGGCUGGCUCCUUUCUUAAUCACCUUGACGAGCGCCACGGCGAUGCAGGGCAGAGGUGGUCGAAUUUCCUCAGAACGAGCGGCGAAGACAUCGUCAGGACCUUCUACAGCAGUCAAGAGUUCCGAACUGAUUUGAAUGCAAAACGAGCAGUUCGUAAUGGAAUGCACAGAUUUCUCCGAGCGGUCAAGAUGAGGGAAAUCAACAUGAUCGCGUUUCGUCCAAGCCCAUAUGAAGUCAGGCUCAGACUGGCGCGAAAACUGAUCACGAGCUUUGCAGAGCAGGAGAAGAUUGCCAAACAGCAGGCUUCCGACGACAAACUUAGAGCUUGGGGAAAGGAACUGAGCCUCAACACUGGAUAUGCCGGCACAAGUGGAAGCUAG